AUGGCCGAUUUCAAUCCUGAAGAAGACAAAUUAAUAGCAGGAAUAAUAAAAGGCGACUUAAAAACAGUAGAAAACAUAAUAAACCCUUUAAAAAUAUCCAAUCCUUGGUUUUCCGGAUAUAGAUAUCUCUGCUUGGCUACCGACUACCUUCAGGAUGAAAUCAUAACCUAUCUUCUCUCAAAAAACACCCCAGUGAACAAUCCCACAGAAAAAUACCUCAACUCUCCCUUAAACCUAGCCGUGAAAUCAAAUAAAAUUCACACUGUCAAAAAAUUCUUAGAAAUUGGCGCAGAGAUAGAUAAAAAAAAUCUAUCCCAGCAAAAUUCAUUCGACAUCGCUCUAGAACGCGGCAACCUAGAAAUCCUUGAAAUUCUCGUGGAUCAUAUAACCAACUCGAAUAUUUCACCCGAAAGCUACUUAAAGCUUCUAGCAGACCUGCUAGAAAGCAGCCACCACAAGCUUCUCGAAAAGCUUUUAAAAAAAUGCCCAGAAGUCGACAUCAGCGCCGCGAUGCCCGCCAAAAAUUUUUUAUGCAUCGCCGUGCAAAAAAACUAUUACCCAAUCGUAGAACUUUUAUUAAAACGCAAUAUAAACGUCAAUUCUAUCAAUUAUUCGCGUUACGGAUCGCAAACUGCGCUGUAUAUAGCUUGCCGAAUUGGCGACAGCAAAAUGGCGGACUUGCUGCUACAAAAUGGCGCCAGCGGGGACAUUAAGUACGACUUUUACUACAGCAGCGCCCCCAAGAACGUCGACCAGUACAAUUUGUACCCAAUUCACAUCGCUAUUGUCUACGGCUACUGUAAUGUCGUCGAAGUUUUGUUAAACAAUGGCGAAGAUUGCAAUAAAACAUACUUUACGCCUUACGGAACAGAGUACACUGCGCUGUACCUAGCUUGCGAGUACCACAGAGAAGAAAUAGUUAAGCUUCUAGUCGCAAGAGGCGCUGAUGUUAACUUCCGAGACCACAGAGGGUACAAACCUAUAUUUGCGGCAGUGUCCGCUAGGAGGAAUGCGAAUAUUGUCAAAGAAGACUAUAAUAUUGUUGAGUGUUUGGUUAGAAAUGAAAAUAUUGAGUUAGAUUUUGUGAAUAUGAACGCCAUUUUGACCUCAGCUGCUAGAAGGCUUGAUCUUGAUAUUCUUGAGCUUGCUUUGAAGUUUGAGAAGUUGGAAAAGCUUGUAAGGUAUCAAUUGUAUGUUGAUCUGAUGAAAGAUAGGUCAGUUAACUCCUUGCCGCAUUUAGCGAUUCAAUUUAACAAAUCUUUGGUUAGUGAUCAGAAUUUUGGGAAGUUUGUUGAAAUUUGGGCCACAAGAGGGCUUGAUGUUAACAUUAAGGAUCAAAAUGGAGUCACAUUACUUCACAAGGCUUUUUGGUACAGGCACAAAAUGGCGGCUGAAUUGUUAAUGGAGUUUGGCGCUGAGUACAAUGUCUGUGAUAAAGAUUUCACUCCGCUAGAUUACGCUUUUAAGAACAAAAGCAAAGAAGAUGAUGAUCUUGAAGGUUUUAUAGAGUUUGUCGGUCAAUAUUUUGUAAAAAUGAAGCUUUUGAAUGUUUGUGUUAAUAAACGGGAUUGUGAAGAAUUAAUUUGUAGAGGUUUAGAUGUUAAGAAGUAUGAAAGUGAGUAUGAGAAAGAAAUUGAAGGUAUGAAGAAAUAUGGUAUUAGUGAUGAUGAUGAUGAUGAUGAUGUUACUCUGUAUGAUUUCGUUACUGCGGACUUGAACAAAAUGGUGGUGCUUCUGAAGAAUGAAGUUGUUUUUGAGACUCUGAAGUCUGAAGGUUAUGGAGAUGAGUUUGCGCAGUAUAAAAGUCUGAUUAGAGGGCGCUUUUACAAAGCGCUGAUGAGGAAGAAAUUGUUGGAUGAAGUUGAUAGGUUUACUGUUUUUAAUAUUAUUAAGAAGUUACCUUAUCCUUGUAUGAGAAAGAUUAUGGAUUGUUUUUGUAAUAGUGAUUUAAGAGAUAUAAUUAAUGAAUAUUCCCUUCUAAAUAAUUCAUGA